UGUUAUGAUUAUUUUGUAAAUAUAGAACAGCGUGUUAAAGUGAAAAAUACAAUCUUAAUUCAGAAAAUGGUUAUAGCAAUAGGAUUCGAAGGAAGUGCAAAUAAACUUGGAAUAGGUAUAGUGAAAGAUGGUGAAAUACUUGCAAAUUGCCGACGAACAUAUAUCACGCCGCCAGGUGAAGGUUUUCUGCCUAGAGAAACAGCAGAACACCAUCAACAGAACAUUCAUGAGGUUCUUCAGGAAGCACUAGGACAAUCGGGGAUAAAACCUGAGGAAAUAGAUGUUGUCUGUUAUACGAAGGGCCCAGGAAUGGGGGCACCACUAAUGGUGUGUGCUAUUGUAGCUAGAACAUGCGCUAAACUGUGGAACAAACCAAUUCUUGGUGUCAAUCAUUGCAUUGGACAUAUUGAAAUGGGUAGACUGAUUACAAAAGCAAAUAAUCCAACAGUUUUGUAUGUUAGCGGUGGAAAUACACAGGUUAUAGCUUAUUCUAGACAGAGGUACAGGAUAUUCGGAGAGACAAUAGAUAUUGCUGUUGGCAAUUGUCUAGAUAGAUUUGCAAGGGUAUUAAAAUUAUCUAAUGCACCCAGUCCCGGCUACAAUAUUGAGCAAAUGGCUAAAAAGGGGAAAAAAUAUUUACAUUUGCCGUAUUGUGUUAAAGGUAUGGAUGUAAGUUUCUCAGGAAUAUUAUCAUUUAUGGAAGACAGAAUAGAUGAAUUAUUAAAGGAAUAUACACCAGAAGAUCUGUGCUAUUCGUUACAAGAAACUGUAUUUGCAAUGCUGGUUGAAAUAACUGAGAGAGCAAUGGCUCACUGUGGAUCAGAUGAGGUCUUAAUAGUAGGAGGAGUUGGAUGUAAUGAACACUUGCAAGAAAUGAUGGGAGUGAUGUGUUCAGAGAGAGGUGCAAAAAUAUUCGCAACUGAUGAAAGAUUCUGCAUAGAUAAUGGAGUUAUGAUAGCACAUGCGGGUGUAAUUGCAUAUGCAGCAGGCACUCGUAUGGACUUUAAAGAUACUACCAUAACUCAGAGAUAUCGAACAGAUGACGUAUUAGUUACUUGGAGAGAUGAUUAAAAACUUAUUUAGUCAGGUUUUUUUUUUAUUGAAUAGAGAAAUUUAGAGGAAAAUGUGUUAUCUCUAAAUAUCUAUUAAAAAUAACUUAAGCGUAAAAGCAUCAUAUCAGAGAUUCAAAGAAGAGUUGAUGCAAUACAUAUAUUUUUUUAAAUUUCUCAAUAGUUUCAAAUUCAGCAGAGAUAGUAGUAAAAUAAAACCAAUAGAUUCUAAAUCAACCAUUAUAAUAGUGUUCAAAACAAAGAACUCAAUUUAAACAUAUGAUUCUUACAUGCAACAAAUAACAUUUAAAAAUAAAAAAAAUAUGGAAUUAUUUUAGCGAAUUAAAUAAAAUAUGUUUAUUACUUUGCAUUCAUUAAUAGUAAACUUAAUAGGUAAUUAUUUAUUGUCUUAGUAAAAAACCUAAUAAAAAAUUUACAAUAAAUUUAAAUGUUUAUACACUGUAAUUUGGAUCAUAAAUAAUAAAUGUUCAUUUUGAACUAUUACUAAUUUUAUAGACCAUAAAAUAACAAAAGCUGCAGUGUAAACACAGCCUCAUUAAAUACCUUAAACAAAAUUAUACUCUUAAUGUAUAAUUUACAAAUACAUUCUGCUUAGACUUGAUGAUUUUUUUUUUAUUUUUGAUUGAUAUUAAAUAAUAACUAUAGUAUUCAUUUGUAAAUAAACAUAAUAAAAAUUUUGGCACUUAAAUCUGGCUAGUAAUUUUGGCUAAAUAAAACUUUAAAUACAUUGGGAUUGUAACAAAGUAUGUUUCAGAUAAAAAAUAAAUAGAUAACUUCGAAGUAGAAAAAACUUUUUACUUAAAUAAGCAAUGUGGUGAAAUUAAAAAAAAACUUCAAAUAUAAGACCUUAAAACCUUUGUACUACACUCGUUUUUAGGUUGAUGUCUUAUAAAUAUCUUAUUCUUCUAGUCACAAUUUAAUUUCAUAAGCUGUUAGUUCCAUGUAAUCCUGUGUACAUUAUAAUCCAUGUUACC